UUUGCCAAGCACGACGAGAUAGUAGAUUUCUGGGAGUCGCUGGGUGUGAAGAAUGCAGAUGUAGUAUUAAAGGGCCUGCUGCCGGCCAGCGGUCGGAAGGUCAGCCUGCAGGAGCUGUCACUGUCCCUGCAGCGAGAGAUGGCGGGCAGCGGUGGACAGCAGUCUCCACGGCUGUGCGCCGCCUCGGCAAGCUACGUCGCCGAGCUGAAGCACGUCAGGAGCACAGUGGAGCAGCUUAACGCGGAGAAUGACAAGCUGAGACUCGACGUGCUGGAAGCGAACACGAGGGUGACGCUGUUAGCCGAGGAGGUGGACGACACCCACGCACUGCUGGAGCACAGCAACCAGAGCAAACUCGCCUCGUUGGAGAGGAGAUACCAGCACAGGCUGAAGUCUGUGCAGUCGCAGCUGGUGUCGGAGCGAGACUGCCUGUCAACGGAGACGGACCAGUACCGGCAGCAGCUGCAGGAGGAGGUGGAGAGCAGCCGCGCAGAGGAGGGCAGGAUACGGGAGAGGUUCUCCUCCCUGCAGAAGGAGAACGCGCACCUCGUGGCAGACUGCGUGGACAUGGGAGAGCAGCUGGAGGAUGUGCGUAAGCAGAACCAGCAGCUGAGCAGAGAGCUCGUCAACAUCGCGCGACUCAAGGAGAAAAUUGCCGAGCUGGAGCAGGCACAGGAGCUGUUGCUGGAGGCGCAGGAGGAGCUGUCGACGGACCGGCUGCAGCGUCUCGAGGAGGAGAAUAAGGAGCUGCGGGACAGCGUUGACGUCGCGGCGGCGGAGAACGAAGCGCUGCGGCAGCAGCUGGCCACCGUCUCCAAGCGACGCAAGUUCAGCCGCGGCCACGGCGGCGCGGCGACGCGGCACGGCUCAACGCUCUCCGACUACGUGAAGCCGCACCUGCGCAUGCAGGUGGCGUCCUCGUCAUCAACAGAUGAAAACGACGAGGACCCCAGCCCUCGCCGCGUACGACCACGCAGGCGCCCCCUACACGCUAAAAGAGUUUCCGAUCCCAGGAAGGAGGGUGAGGACACCAGGGCGGCCACGGAGCACCGCCAGGAGGUGGCGCUGCUGCAGGCGAAGAUCGACGAACAGGAGCGCCACCUACAGGCGCUCAUGAACGACACGCGCGAGUUCGACAUGCUCAGUCAACGCGACGACGAACGCGAGCAGCUGAUUGGCCAGUUCGAGGCAGAGAAGCGCCACCUGGUGAGUGAGCAUGCCGAGGAGAUGGCGCGCAGGAUUCGCCAGUCCGAGCAGGAGAAGGCACAGCUGAUUGGUCAGUUGGAGGAGGAGAGACAGGAGUCGUCCAUUAGGCUUGAGGCAGACCUGGAUGGUGCACUGGAGAUUCAGCGAAUAGAUAUUCAGGCAAGCCUCGAGCAGGCGUUCGCCGAGGAACUGGAGGCGAUGCGACUCCAACACCAGGGGGAGCUGGCGCGGCUCGACGAGGCACACCGCGGCGAGUGCGACGCGGCGGCGGCGGCCGCACGCCGUGAGGUCACCACCGUCGCCGAGGCGCGCGCGCUCGAGCAGCAGCGCGAGGCCACCGCGCGCGCCGACCGCGACCACCAGGAGGCGCUGCAGCAGUCGCUCGAGCAGCAGCUGGCGCUGAAGCUCGCCGAGGAGGAAGCUGAGCUGCGCGUCGACACCCUGCAGGGGGCGCUGGCGGCGGAGCGCGCGGCGCUGCAGCGCGAGCGCGAGGAGAGAGACGAGGUGAUCGCACGCAUGCUCGCAGGUGGUGCCCCCGCGCUGUGUGGCAAGCUGAAGGAGGACUUUCAGGCGCUGCUGCGGGCCGAGACGGAGGCAGUGGCGGCGCGGUGGGCGGAGGAGCGGGGGAGGGAGGCGGAGGAGGAGCGAAGGAAGCUGCAGGCGAGCUGCGAGGAGGAGGCUGCCCGCAUGCGAGAGGAGCUGAAUGCAGAGCGGAGCAGACUUGAUGAGGAGAAGGUACGCGAGGAGCAGGAGAGGGCACAGCUGCAGGAGUUACGUAAACAGCUGGAUGAGGAGAGGUUGCAUCAGGAGAAGGCAAGGGAGCAGUUUGAAGCAGAGAAAGUGCAGCAGGAGGAGCAGAGGAAGCAGAUGGAGGCAGAAUGGAUGCGGCAGCAGGAGGAGGAGAAGAAGCAAUGGGAGGAGGACAGGAAGCUGAUGAAGGAAGAACGGAGGCAGCGGGAGGAGGAGAGAAAGUGGUGGGAGGAGGAACGUAAGCAGCAGGAGCAGGAGAAGCAGCAGCGUGAAGAGGAGAGGAAGCUGGUGGAGGAGGUGGUGCAGCGAGAGAGGGAGUGGACGCAGCGGGAGGAGGCCAGGCAGCGAGAGCUCGCAAGUCUUCGCGAGGAGUGCGAGCGGUUGCAGCUGGCAGGCAGCAUCAACCAGUCGCUGGCUGAGCAGUAUGAAGAGGACGAGGUGAAACUUAUCAGACAGCAACUACAGGAAGCUAACGAGAAGCUGUACAACCACAUGACGUCUCAUCCCAAUGGCCAGCUGCAGCAGCAGUGCGCCGAGCUUCAACAAGUGAACAGCUCGAUUGCUGCCGCCAGCGAACAGUGCUUUGCUGACGCGAAGAACUACAUCACGAAGCUUCAGUGUGAUCACAGACAGCAGCUGCAGGAGGCUGGCGUUGAUCAGCGGCGGCUGCAGGACAGCUUACAGCACACGCACGACCUACUGGACGAGUACAUAGACAAGUACAAGACACAGCUGGCGGCCUCUGGCAGGCGCGACAAGCUCGUCAAGGAGCUCUACGUGGAGAACGCGGAGCUGGUGGGAGCGCUGCAGGCAGCCGAGGCGGGGCAGAAGCAGGCGCGCGACGACGCGCGACGUCUCGACGACAAGUGCCAGCGCAUGCAGCGCAUGCUGGGCGACGUCUGCAACGUCGCCAUACUGUGACGCCGGCGCCACCUUGUGCUGUCACCACCCGCCGCCAUGUGGUGCAGUCGAUCGGACGACGCGUCGUUGACAUGUCUUCCUGUGUAGUGGUGACGCUGCGUGUAGUUGUGACACUGUUUGUAGUGUUGACACUGUGUGUAGUGGUGACACUGUACGAGCCGGUGUCACCAUGUGUCGUGGUAUCACCACGUGUAACAGUGUGUGUACCACUCACUGUAUGUAGCAGUUCUAUGAAGCAUGUCUCAUUGGCCUCCAACUUAUUUAGUGGGAAUUUGCUGCUAGGUUGCAUUGCAUGGCACAUUCUGCGAUGGACUAUCGUGGUGAGGGACUUUUAAGCGAUUUCUCGUCAGUAUUGUAUCUGUGGACGUUAUCUAUCCUCUUGUUACCACGUGAUUCUGCUGCUAGUCUAUAAUUAAUCCCCCAAAAAGUCACCUGUGAAAUGUACACACAUAUGCCCGC